AUGGCCCUUCCUGUAUAUUGCUCUAUCUAUCUAUCUAUCUAUCUAUCUAUCUAUCUAUCUAUCUAUCUAUCUAUCUAUCAAGGAAAGCGGUUACCUCAUCCUCUUUAUUUCUUUACUCCUCCUCAUUAUUCUCUCUUAUUCUUUGCCCUUAUCUUUAUUCUUUCAUCCUCUUCUUUAUGCUCACUAUUUUCUUUCUUUUCUUCAUUCCUUUCUCAUUUUUUCCUCUUCCAUUUUUUUCUUUUACCACUUCGUUUUCGUUCUCCUCUUUAUUCGUCCCUCCUCCUCCUCUUCUUUCUUUCCUCCACUUUUUUUUAUUCUUUGUUCUUUCUCUUUCUUCUGACCUCCUCCAAUUUAUUUCUUUACACCUCUUCUUUAGUCUUUCCUCACCGUUAUUCUUUUAUUCCUUAUCGCUUUUUCCUCAUUCUAACCGUCUCCUCUUUAUUCUUUCCUCCAUUAUUUUUCCUUCUCCUCGUCAUUUUUUCAUGUACAUUUUUAUUCAUCCUCCUCGUUCUUUUCAUUUUGCCUAAUCUCUUUAUUCCUCUUUUCUUUUUUUUCGUUGCCCUUCUUACACAUUUCGUCUUACUUUCUCAUUCAUCCCCAAUUCUUUUCGCUUGCCUCCUCUUCAUUCCUCCCUUCUCCUCCAAAACUACUCCCUCAUUAUCCCUCAUUGUUAUUUCUCCUCUCUCUUUAUUAUUCACUUUCCUUGUUAUUUUUCUUCAUUCUUUUCUUUCUGCCCUCUCUUACAUUUUCUCAUUAAUAUUCGUUGCAAACUCUUCAUUUUUUUUUUGCAUUCUCCUCUUUCUUUCUUUACUAUACUUUAUUUUUUCCUCCAACUGGAAAUACGUAACUGCCUCAGUCACCAUGCAGGCUCACGGAACCGUAUAUAAAACCAUGACGCUUAACCCUUUUUAA